AUGUGGCUUUUGGCUAGCUCAAAAUUGUCAAGGUUUUCCAAAAUUUCUGGAAUUUCUACGUUUUAUAAAGGAAUUGGAAAUGUAAAGACGUCUUUUCGCCGCAAUUUCGGCAUUGCAAUUCCGAAUGAUCAAAAAUCGCGUCGUCAAAUUGGAAUUUGGCUUCUCGGAUGCGCGGGAAUGUGCUACGGAGCUGUUGCAAUCGGCGGUGUCACACGACUAACCGAAUCUGGGCUCAGCAUGGUUAAUUGGGAUCUGUUCAAAACCAUGAAGCCGCCCUUCUCAAAUAAAGAAUGGGAAGAGGAAUUCGAGAAAUACAAAGCUUAUCCAGAAUACAAAUUCAAGUCUUCGAGCCACGAAAUGACCCUAAACGAGUUCAAAUUCAUCUGGUCCAUGGAAUAUGGCCAUCGGAUGUGGGGCCGAGCAAUUGGACUCGUCUUUUUGAUUCCUUGCGCCUAUUUCUGGCUUCGUGGUCGAUUUGCGCCUGACAUGAAACGUCGAAUGGCGUUUGCGACAACUCUUUUGCUUGCACAAGGUGGUGUUGGAUGGUGGAUGGUGAAAUCGGGAUUGGAUCCGUCAAAUAAUUCGUCGGAUGUGCCGAGAGUUUCACAGUAUAGACUGGCUACACAUCUUACUCUCGCUUUCCUUUUGUAUUCAGUAUUCUUCUGGAAUGGACUGACUCAUUUGUUGAAACCCCAUGAUCUCACUAGCGUCCGAUCUAAAUUGGGGGCCGUUCGCGGCAUGACCCAUUUCUCGAAACUCAUGGUGUUCUCGACUGCGAUCAUGGGCGCUUUCGUUGCUGGACUCGACGCGGGACUUGUAUACAACUCAUGGCCGAAGUUUGCUGAUUCAUGGAUUCCCGAGAAUAUGCUCAGCCGAUCACCGACGUGGAAGAACUUCUUCGAAAAUGACGUCACUGUUCAAUUUAUUCACAGAAAUUUGGCUUAUUUGACAAUUAUCAGCAUAGCAACAACAUUUAUAAUUGGAAGACGAGCGCUGAUACCGAAACGAACCAGAAUCGCACUGAAUUUGUCGGUGGCCGCCGUAUUCGGACAAGCAGCUCUUGGAAUUUUCACUUUGAUCAACUAUGUACCGACGUGGUUAGCAGCCUGCCAUCAGUCGGGUUCAAUGGCCCUUCUCUCAAGCAUUCUUUGGCUCAGUCAUGAGCUUAGAAAACUUCCGAAAUAA